AUGGCAGAUAUCAUCACACUUUCAUCAUCAGAUGAAGAACAAACUGAGUCUCCUAGAAAGAGAAUAAAACCUACUCCAGUUCCAAAUUUACCAAAUAUUACCAUCACCAAAGUGUCCACAGAACAAUGCAAAAAACCAGAAAUUGUUAGUUUAUGUUCUGAUGAAGAGACCAAUGUUGUACCUGAUGAUAUAGAAGUAAGUGAACUAACUCCCAUUAACUGCAAAAAACGGAAAAAGCUUAAGAACCCUCUACAUAAAAAAAUUCCUGAUCCUGUAGUUAUCUGCGAUGAUGAAAUAGAGUCUCCACCACCAAUACAGCAAAGUAAUGGUGAUAGUCAAAGUAUAAAAGAGAAUAAAUCUGAAGUAAAAGAAAAUCCGUCAGAAAGUUCAAACAUAGAAUCAACUAGUAGUAAUACUAAGAAGGAUAGUAAAUCACAAGAUGCCAUAAUAAAUGAAAGUAUAGAAAUUAUUGAUGAAGAUAUCAGACCUAAAAGUGACGAUAAUGAAGAUAAACAGUUAUUAAAUGAUCUAGAAUGUACUUUUGGAACAAGUAAAGAUGGCGACAAUGAGAAUUUUAACGAGGACUUAUCAGAAGAUAUGAUUCCAGAUAAUCAACCUUGCUCCUCAACUUCUGCUGGAAAACCCUCAAAUACAUUUUUAAUUAAAAGGUUUUUAGCUAUUGUAGAUAGGAAUUUAAAGAACACUAAGUAUGUCACUAUCCUGGAAAAAUUUCCCAAGUUUCGGACUCUUUAUAAUAAAUGUAUAGAGCAUUUAGGAACCUCAACAGAUUUUCAACAAAGAUUGACUGAAAAUAUAGCGAAGGCCAAAAAAUCUUCGACACAGUCAGUGUUAUGUUUCAAUGAGGUUUUUCAGCAUUUAAAGGAAGCUGUAAAGUUUGGAACUAUCGAAGUCGAUUCGAGGGAAGACUUGAUUAAACUAAAGAAAUUAGAAAAAACUAUUAAAAGACUUGUAGUGAUCAUUAAAAGAUUGGAAGAAACCGAAAUUGACUUCGAUCUAGAGGAAGAUUCAUCUUAUCUACAACUGGAGAGAUAUAUGGCAAGACUGGACAAAGUUUAUAAAAAGUAUUGCGAGCUUUUAAAGAAGAACCCGUAUGGUACUCGCUUGACUUACCAAAAAUUGAUGUUUCUGAAUUCUGAAUAUAACGAAAUCAACAGAGCCAUUAUUAAAACGUACAAAAACAACAAAAAAUUCCCUAGUUAUUAUGAUAUCGAGAAGCUGAUUACCAAAGUUGUCAAAGAAAGUAGACUUAAUCUGAAUGAAUCUCAAAUAAAAACUGAAAGCAAAAACUGUUUUCAGAAGUUGGGCGAGUUGCUUCAAAAGCGAAGACGUAAAGAGCUUUAUGAAAGUCAUUACAUAUACUUACAAGAUACUGAGGAUCCUGCCAGCGCAAAUAUGGUUUUGAAUUCAAUCCUGAAGAAUAAUUAUCUAGAAGCACAGAACAAAAUUGAAAAAUUGGUCCAAGAGUACGUUACCAAACAGGAUACUAAGGGGAAGGUGAACAUCGAUGAGGAAGGGAAAAAAAAAGCUGUAUCAGAGACGAGUAGUUCGGACGACAGUUCGGACGACAGUUCGGACAACAGUUCGAAUGAAAGCGAAGAUGAUAGGUGCGAAAGCUCAGAAACAGACUAA